CCCAGGGUGGUCCCUUCUUCACGGCAUUGCUUUGCCUGGCUAAGCCGUGCCUGGUCCCCUCUCACAUGCGAGAGAUGUUUGCUAGCACCAUUUCCCAGUAAGAUUUAAUUAAGUCCUAGGGGUCUCUUGCGGGACGGCUGGAAGCAAGUGUGGUGAGCUUGGUGUGGGAUUGGUGCCACCCAUGACAGCAGCACCCUGCCACCAUCCCCAAGCCAGUGGACGUCCGGGGCCAGGACCCUGCUUCCCUGCCAGGAUGCUCACUGGCGGCUGCCUCUGGCCUCACCUCCAGUCCCUCUGGGGCUGGGUUAUUUUUCAAAGCACUCCAAGGACACCGGUUGUUGUUGCCGAUAAGCAGCAAGGGGCAGCUCCGCCCUAGCAGGAACAGCUCGUCAGCCAGCUUCCCAUCCGCCCCAGAAAACAUUGUCCCAUCUUGGCGAGCAGUGUCCCUGCAAACCUGCCGCAGGCUCGGCGGCAGUCUCCACGAUGCCAUACUCGGAGCUGCUUCCCCAGCAGCACCCACCUGUGGGUGCAGAUUUCUGCCUCGCCGAGGCAGAGGAUGAGGCUCGGCUCCUUCUCCAGUGCAGGCUGGUGGUCUAUGCACUGCUGGGGCUGGGGUCCCUGCUGGUGGGGGGUAUGCCCCUGCUCUGCCCCCCCACCUGCCAGUGCUAUGACACCUCCAAAGUCUUCUGCUCGGAGGAGAGGAUGCAGGAGAUCCCAGAGGGCCUGCCAGGGAAUGCUACUCAGCUCUUCUUCGUGGAGACGGCCCUGAGCAGCGUCCGCAGCGGAGCCCUGGGCUCCAGCACCACCCUCACCAAGCUGGUCUUCCUCAACAACAACAUCCAGGAGCUGGAGGCUGGCGCCUUUCAGGAGCUGCCCAGCCUCACCGAGCUGGAGGUGUCGGGCAACCCCUUGGCAGCAGUCAGCCCGGGGGUGCUGAUGGGGCUGCCCAGCCUCAGCAAGCUCUCCCUGGGUGCCAACGCCAUCCGCUCCCUGCAGCCGGGGCUCUUCGCCAGUACCUGCCGUCUGCAGGACCUGCGCUUGCCAGGGAACAAGAUCGAGGCACUGCCCCCCGGCAUCUUCCGCUCGCUCCGGCACCUCCAGACCCUGGACCUCUCACAGAACCUCCUGACCAAGCUGCCAGCCGGGCUGCUGGCUCCCCUUGCUGCCCUCCGCCUCCUCAAGCUCAGUGACAACCUGCUGGCACAGGUGUCCCCCGGCGCUUUCGGGGCACUGGGCUGGCUGGCUGAGCUCCACCUGGAUGGCAACCGGCUGGAGGAGCUGCCGGCCGGUGCCUUCGCCAGGCUGGGGGGGCUGCGGCGGCUGCAGCUGCAGCACAACGCCCUGGGCAGCCUGGCCCCCGACAUCUUCACCAGUCUCCCCAACCUCACUGUCCUCAGCCUGGAGGGUAACCGCCUGGCCACCCUGCCCGCCGCCCUCUUCACCGGCACCCCUCGUCUCCUCCACCUCUCACUGGCUCACAACCAGCUGGAGACGCUGCCCCAGGGCCUCUUCUCCAACCUGUCAGCGCUGCAGACCCUGGUGCUCUCGCACAAUGCCAUGGCCCACCUCCCCGCUGGGAUUUUCCAGGGGCUGGCGGGGCUGGCGGCGCUGCAGCUGAGCCACAACAACCUCUCCAGCCUGCCGGCUGGGCUGCUGGCCGGGCUGCCCCUCCUCACCGCCCUGGUGCUGGACCACAACCGCCUGGCCCGCCUGCCCCCGGGGCUCUUCGAUGCCAACGAGGAGCUGGCGCGCGUGGGGCUGGCCAACAACCCCUGGGCCUGUGACUGCCGCCUCGCCUAUCUCCUGGGCUGGCUCCAGAGCUUUGCUGAGCCCCUCAUCCAUGCUCAAGCCUCCUGUGCCAGCCCGGCUGCUCUCCAGGGACGGUCCCUGCUAGAGGUCCCCCAGGAGCAGCUGGAGUGCCCGGGAGCACCUGGCAUCCCCCCAGAGGAGGGCUGGGAUGGGGAGCUGGGGAAGGAUGCUCCAGGGCUGUGCACCUACAGCAACCCCGAGGGCACUGUAAGCAUGGCCUGCGAUGCCACCAGCUGCCAGCAGCUCAGUCUUCGCCUCCCUCCUCCUCCUCCUCCUCCCAGGCAGGCGUGGGGCCCGGGGCAGGUGUACCAGGGUGCCUGGGUGCUGCGCUCCCGCUGUGGCACGCUGCAGGUCAGCGUCCUUGUCACGGCGCAGAGCGGGGAUGAAGCCACCUCUCCAGGUCUCCCCGCUGCGCCCUAGAGCUUGGGCAGGCUCAUGCUCUGCUCUCGCGUUGGCAGCGUCUGAACCAGCCUGGGAACCAGCACCCUGUCUCACUUCACUACCCGGGCCGCAGUCGCCAGCUGUCACCGAGCUCUCUGCAAGAGCUGGCCUGGUGGUAUUUAUUCUCCCAGCUAUGCGUUUCCUGUGUAUUUCAAAUAUAAUUAAAAUGUAUAUAUUA